UUGGAGAUUAAGCCGGAGCCCGAGCGCACGGAGGGAGCCCGGGGCGCGGCCGCUGCGAGCGGGGACACCCGGUGCUGCCGCUGAAUGAGUUACGGGGCGGGGUGGGGAUAACCUCCCGCACCCCCCCGCGCCUGGAUUUUAAACGGGAGGAGGAGGAGGAGGAGCGGGUGUGCGAAGGCAGAGGACGGCGAGAGGCUGCUGCUGCCGCCGAAUGCCAGAGAUUCAACAGAGGAGAGGAAGAGUGACUCCAUUUUUCCUAAUCCAACAGUGAUAUAUUUGGCAAGUGCUCUACCAGGUUUUACUAAGGCUGCGUCUGCAGAGAUGCCAGAUAAAACACCAGGUGGUACAGAACCUGUCCCCAGGAGUGAAGAUGAUUUCCACUUACCUCUUGAUGUUCUCCCAGCUGUGACGGAGGCCCUUGACUCCAAGACGAAAGGGGAAGAUUUGCACAAGGAGAGCAGACCUUUCCGCUACUGUGAAAAAAAGACUAUGGACCUGUCAGACAGUGACCGUCCCGUCAGCUUUAGCUCCACUUCUUCCUCUGCUUCAUCCAGGGACAGCCACUGCUCCUUUGGAAGCAGAAUGACCUUGGUUUCAAACAGCCACUUGGGCUUGUUCAACCAGGAUAAAGAAACGGGAGCCAUCAAGCUAGAACUGGUCCCAGCCAGGCGCUUUUCCAGCAACAAGCCACGCAAAAAUUCCCCUGUGGAACAAGAGGAUCCUGAGGAAGGCCUUGAAAAAAGGCUAAGCAUGCCCAGGAAAGCAGAACCAAAAGGAGCGAGCAAAAACUGUGCUAUGUCUCUGGUCACAGAGCCCACCAGCCCCAAGCUGCUCUACGUAGACAGAGUCGUCCAAGAGAUUCUGGAGACAGAGAGGAUGUAUGUGCAGGAUCUAAAAAGCAUUGUAAAGGAUUACCUCGACUGUAUCACUGACCAGACCAAGCUCUCCCUGGGGACAGAAGAGCGAUCAGCCCUGUUUGGAAACAUACGGGAGAUCUACCGUUUCAACAGUGAACUUCUGCAAGAUUUGGAAAACUGUGAAAAUGAUCCUGUGGCUAUAGCAGACUGUUUUGUUUCCAAGAGUGAAGAUUUCCAUAUAUAUACACAGUACUGCACCAACUACCCAAGGUCAGUGGCUGUGUUGACAGAGUGCAUGAGGAACAAAACACUGGUCAAGUUCUUCAGAGAGCGGCAAGAAGCCCUUCAGCAUUCUCUGCCCCUGGGCUCCUAUCUCUUGAAACCUGUCCAGCGCAUCCUCAAGUACCACCUGCUUUUGCACGAAAUAGAAAACCACCUUGACAAGGACACCGAGGGCUAUGAUGUGGUGCUGGAUGCCAUAGAUACCAUGCAGAGAGUGGCAUGGCAUAUAAACGACAUGAAGAGGAAACAUGAACAUGCCAUCAGGCUCCAAGAGAUACAGAGUUUGCUCACUAACUGGAAAGGGCCAGACCUCACGAGUUACGGGGAGCUGGUGUUAGAAGGAACGUUUCGCAUUCAGCGAGCCAAAAACGAGCGCACGUUGUUCCUCUUCGACAAGCUGCUGCUAAUUACAAAAAAGAGAGAUGAGAUGUUUGUGUACAAAGCUCACAUACUGUGUGGGAAUCUCAUGCUUGUUGAAGUAAUACCAAAGGAACCACUUAGCUUUAGCGUCUUCCACUACAAAAAUCCCAAGAUGCAGCAUACUGUCCAGGCAAAGUCACAGCAAGACAAACGCCUUUGGAUUCUUCACCUGAAGAGGUUAAUUCUAGAAAAUCAUCCUGCUAAAAUUCCUGCCAAGGCCAAGCAGGCAAUUUUAGAAAUGGAUGCUAUACAUCACCCAGGCUUCCACUAUAGCCCCGAGGGAGAAACGAAAUCACCGUACCAGCCUAAAGAAGGCAGUGCUCCCCACAGAGUGAGGAGGAAAUCAGAACCCUCGUCUAGAGCCCAUAAAGUUUUGAAGUCAAACGAUAUAAGUCCAGAUAUGCAGAAGCGGAUCAGUAUUGAAGGAGCCCUAUUAUCUCAAGCCACCAAACUAGGAUCAAAUGAAGCCCUGCUGAAUUCUAGGAAAAAGGUUUCCUUGGAGCCCAGUGGGCUGGAGAGCCAAUUUCAAGAGUCCAUUGAGCAAGCCUACAGCAGCGAUCAGGAUGAAAAUCUCCAGACUUCUGCUACGGAACAGAUUGAUGCUGAUGAUGAAGAAGAGUCUGAACAGAGAGUGAAGCAAAACUCACUGCAGAAAUCAAAAGGGGGAAGAAAAAGACUUAACAGUCAAGCUGCUGAAAAUGUGGAAAAACGGAGAAGUGUUAAUCUCAACAAGUGUGAAACGCAGAGCUCCAAGGACCCAUCAGAUGAAGAGUCAACCCAGUUGAAUACCAAUCUUCCAUUUUCCUGCGCAGCCAGACAGCCACAGUUGCCUAGACAACUCAGCACACCCCAGAGCAACGCGCUGAUCAUGAAUAUCCUGGGGGGAGGUACCUCUCUCAGGAACAUCUGGACUGACCAUCAGAUCAGGCAGGCAUUGUUUCCCAGCAGGCGUCCACCUUAUGAGAAUGAAGAUGACGAAGACGAUUACCAGAUGUUUAUGCCAUCGAUGUCUACAUCCAAUGCUAGUUCAGCUGUCGGUGGAGAAAGGAGGGCUGCUUCUGGGCGUCCCUGCAGCUGGCACUUGGGGGUGGCGCAUCAAGAUGAGACUUCCAGCCCCACUCGUCACAAAAUUGUUAGGCGGGCCAGUAGUGCUGGUGAGAGCAACACGUGUCCAGCCAGUGCCAGGUAUAAAAUCGGGGAGCGCAGCUAUCGAAGGGAAGCGAAGAGAGCUGAGGUGAGCAGUAUGAACGCAUACCCCGAAUCUUCAGAGGAGCUGACCAUCGAUGACAUUGAACAUGUUUAUGAUAACAUAAGCUACGAAGACUUAAAGCUGAUGGGUCUGACAAGAAGGGAGGAGACAGACCGUGGUCCCCAGAGAUCUGCUAGAGACUCUCUCUACGAGGCUGAAAACAAAAGCAGUUUAGAUUCACCCUCCAAAAAGAGGACAGCAAAUCAAAACAGGGCCUCCAUUCGUGCUAGUAGGGAUGAGAUACUACUCAGUAGAGAAGGACCUGCUUCAAGUUUGGAUGAGCUCAGGAUUGUUGAAGACAACAUCUAUGACACCAUCGCGCUUCCAGAAACACCACUAUUGAAUUUUAAAUGUGAGCCCUUAAAAUACUCCAAAAGGCGGAGUUUCCUGAGCCUGGAAAAAGACUUUGCGUGCUGUGACGAUCUACGGCAGUUUGUUUCUGAAGAGAGUCUCCAGUUCAGUGAAGAUGAAAGUCCUUACCAUCGUGUUCCUGUCGACAAUGACUAUUUGAGCUUGGUAGAUAGCUCCUCCAACUCGGAUUCACUCUCCCACAAGUCUGCAGCAGAUAAACUCUCGGAGGAAGUAGAUGAGAUUUGGAAUGACCUGGAGAACUAUAUCAAGAAGAACGAGGAAAAGACAAGAGACCGUGUCCUUGCAGCCUUUCCUGUUUGUAAAGAUGAUAUGCAGGAAAGGUUGCAUGCUGGCAGUACGCCUGAACUGAGUAAAGAUGUAGAGUACUCGUUGUCCACUCUCUCUCUGCCAGAAACUCCAAUUUUCCCUAAAACGGUGAAGCCCAGGGCUGCCACCUUCAGUGAGGCUAAUCUCAGGCUCGAAGACCCUGCACCGUGCAAGGAGAACUCUUUUAUGAGUCUGAACAGAUCUUCCUUCUCCAGUGAGAUGCCUUUUGUAGAUAGCCCAUACGAAUCUGCCAAUAGUGUUCUCUCCAAUGCCCACACAGAGGGCAUGGAAAAUGACUUGGCUGCUGCGGAUAAAACAAAGAACAGAGUUUUUAUGAUGGCAAGGCAGUACAGCCAAAAAAUUAAGAAGGCUAACCAGCUUUUGAAAGUUAAAAGUCCAGAGCAGGAACAGCCAACUAGCAGACAACAGAAACUGAAGCACAAAGAUCUUGCUGCCAUUCUGGAGGAGAAGAAACAAGGUGGUCCUGCUAUUGGUGCCAGAAUAGCUGAAUAUUCCCAGCUUUAUGACCAAAUCGUCUUUAGAGAAAGUACACCCAAGGUCCAAAAGGAAGGCUGGGCCACCCCUCAGGAGCCAUCAGCUGGGAGGUUUUCCACACCCAUGGCUGCAUCUCCUCCCCGUUCCCAGGCUGCUGGUGAGGGCUCCAGAGCAGAGGACUGGCUUUUGCACUCUACCUACAGUAAUGGCGAGCUGGCCGACUUCUCCCCGUGGCCUGAAUCCCAAGACCCAAAGGCCAAGAGCUCCUACACUGAGGCUGGUACAAAAAGCAGUUCGAGGCAGUUGCCGUCAGCUGGCUCGGUGCCUUCCCUUCAGAUCUCUAACCGCUUGCACGUCCCGGCGCAGAGGUGGAGCGCCAUUAUAAGCCAACCAAACAAAGAAAAUUUACAUCAAGAUCACGUCUAUAACUCCCUCGGGAGAAGAGUAAGCAACGUAAAACCACAGGCCUACAACAGGUCGCAGUCGUCUUCCUCAAUUGUGGUCAACAGGUCUGGAGAAGCCAUCGUGUAUCCCAAUGAAAUGGACAAGAAGAAGCUCCAUUCCAGUAGGAACCUCCGAUUCAACAGCCAUCAAAUGCCAGGCGUUGCUUCAGGAUGCACGGGGCCUGAUGCCAGAAAGCAGAUCCCUGAAAACUGUUCGGAUAUGAUUCUGCAGGAUUCUCAAAAGGUCCUGAGAGUGAACAGGGCCUCCCCUCUCACGGCACAGAUGGCCACGCAGAACUAUUUUUCUAAUUUCAAAGAUACCGAAGAAGGAGAAGGGGAUGACGACGACUAUGUUGAGAUAAAGUCCGAAGAUGAGGGGUCCGACUUGGAGGCCUCUCAGAACCAAACGAGGAACCCGGAUCCCAAGCUGCGUAACGCCGAGGCCGCUCCUUCUGAAACGCUCUGUGGCAAAACUGUCUCUUGUGCUCCUGCAAAGUCCACCAGCAGCAAACACACCCUCACCCCCUACCUGACUGCAUACAGCGAUUCGGAUAAACUGAACGACUACCUGUGGAGAGUACCCUCUCCCAAUCAGCAGAAUAUCGUCCAGUCUCUAAGGGAAAAGUUCCAGUGUCUCAGUUCAAGUAGCUUUGCUUGAUGCUUUCAGUAAUGUCUAGCUGUACUGCCUUACCGUGACACAGCAUAUCCUAGGACAAUCAGUACUGGCAUCGUGUAUUUCUGUAACGUUACACAGUCAGCCAUUGUAUCACAGUAGCAUUGUAAAUAGAUGUGAAAUGUAUCUUCUUUUAAAAGGGUUUAGAAUCCUGGAAGUGAAAAAGGCCACAUGUGCACUGUGUCUGGGGCCUCACUCCGUAGUGCAGGUGGACUUUUCCCAUCUCCUCUUCAACCUUUGCAUCUCUUCCCUUGUUAGGCGUGAUACCCUCUGAUUCUUACCAUCGAACCAGGUGUGAUGCCAUUUGAUUCUUAAACCAUUUUAUCAUGUGGAAACCUUAGUAUUUGGACUUUCGAGUUGGUGACCGGUGUUCUGUGUCCAAAAUACCCACAUGAUUACUCUGGUUACGUACGGGAGCAUUUAGCUGAGCAGCUGCUCCUGUGACUGCAGAUCUCUGAGCAGGGUUCUGGUAAUUACACCAACACGUUACGUGUGCAGUUGCACAUACUUUUUGCACAUUACUUUUCGACAGACAGAUUCAAAGUGUGUGGGACCAAUGCAUACGCUCCCUUACUUUAGAACAGGCUUCUUAUGUUUUAAACAAAUCCAGUCCUAGUGGUUGGCAGGGGUGCCAGGUGACAGCUCUGUGUCUGAAGCCUCUUCUGCUUUCUGUAACUGCACAGUAGGCAGAGGAGGGGCAGCGGCAGAUUUUUAUGUGAAUCUGUGGAUGUGACACUGUCCUUGCCUGGAGGAAGUUUUGGGCAAUAGAAGGGGAGCUCCGCUGCUUUUGAAGAUGGCUAGGCUGAGUUUGGUACCUCCAAGGAUGAUGGUGUUUGUGAGAGGCAGGCAAAAUCCAUCUUGUAGCUCAGAGCCCAGCAGUGGAAAGCCACUGGGUGUGAAUUUGUCAGGUGGCUGUGUGUUAUACGCAGUGGCCUGCCAUGUACUCAUUCGAGCCCCAAAGUCAGUAACCCCAAGAGAGGAUGGGCUUGGGUGAAGUACCAGUCAUGGGGCAUGUUUGGCCCAUAGGCUGUUUCAGCGAUGAAUUGCCUUCCCCAGGGAGUGUAUCUCCUGUAGCAGGAAAUGAUCUUUCCUGGCAGAGGGAGGCAAAAUGUGCAUUUUCUCAACUAGCCAGGGCUGAGCUGAAUCCAAUUGACGUACAACGAAAGUAGCUUAAAAAUGAGAAAACAUUCCAUUCUUUUGCAAAUAAUGUAUAGAGUAAAUGCUGCCAUUUGCAACAAGAACAGGCUCUCUGAUACGCUGCACAUUUACUCCCCCUCGUCAUCCUUCGUUGCACAGCUUUGGAUUCUGUUACUUGAAAACGUCGUACCUAAACGUUUCUACACCGAUCAUCUUGUGUGACCGUUGUUCUUCUUUUGGUGCUUAAAUUCUUCAGAUUACGUGGAUAAAGCCAGUACCGAGUUAAACAUAUCACUAAUUAAAGGAUUUUUAAUUGAAACGCUAUCUUUACUAAUCACAUAUCACUCCCCUCAGUUGCAGAGCACUGUACUCCCAGCACAGCCCUCUAUUUUACCACGUUGGUUCCUGCGAGGGGAACCUUGAAGAACCAACCUUGAAGUUAUCAGCGUACAGCUAAUUACUCCUAGACUAAGAGUUAAGGACUUGAAUUCGUUAGAAGGGAUUUAAAUUAUUUACCGCACGUUAUCUUACCUGGGCUAGAAGUGGUUACUGGGGGGGCUGGUUGGUGGUGGGACCUACUGGCUCCUGCCACGGGGACACUGGUCCCAGCAGGACCCGCGUCUAUCGAAGUGAAACCCGACGGAGAAAUAAUGUUGUUGUACAUAUUUAAGAUGCCGUAGCGGAGCCCGUAUUUAUUUAAUAUAGCUUGUAAAGUAUUGUAAAUAUUGAAUAGAAAGGUAAAUCUGUGCUUUA